CAAAACAUCAAACAACUUUUAAAAACAACGAAGUGCCUAAAAAACUAACAAACAACAACUUAGACACAACAACAGAAAAAACAGAAAAGAGCAGCAGCCUUAAACGUCCAACACAAAUUUUUGUUAAAGAAAUAACAAAUACAAACAAUCAACUACAACUACAACUACAACAACAACGACAAAAACAAUUACAACAAGAACAUAAAGUAUUUGCAGUACCAAGUACUAACAACACCACCAGCGCCAUUACAGUAACAACAACCACAACCACAACAACAACAACAGCAACAGCAAUAACAACUCCGUCUAUAACUCGUUUAGCUUUGGCCAACUCAAGCACAAACUCAACAAUCGUAACUGUUGGUCAAAGUACUGUCUCUGUCUCUGCUGUUGGUCGUUGCUCAUGCAAGAAAUUCAAUUGCAAAGAUGCUGUUGCUGUCAAUACAAUAAAGGAAAAUAAGUGCAGCACUUGUAUGUCUGCUGCAGUUGCAGUUACAGCUAACAGUGACGUCGCUGCCAAUGAAAUAGAAACAGUGGCUUUAUUGUCAGCUGCAAACGAUAACUUAAAAAAUUUAGUAGAAAGAAAAACAAAUAAGAAAAAUACUAACGAUGAUACUAGCUUUUCAAAUAUAAAAAUUGAUAUUGCAACUACAACACCAAUAUAUAAUACACCUUUACUAACCACCACCGUCACCACCACCACCACCACCACCAUUAACGCUAGUCAAAACCAAAACGAAACAUCAUCAGUCUUUGGUAAAACGUUGAACAAAGCGGCAACAAACGUGCGAUUAUUUAACGAAAAUUCAAUAGCAAAGCAGAGAGCAGCAGAUAAAAAUAAUUCAAUGAUAUCGAUUGGAAAAUUAAAGAACGAUGCGUCAAUGGCAGGCGGUUAUCUGCAAAGUGAGAAUGUCUUCUCAUCGGCUACGUCGACCUCCUCGGCAGAGUCCGAAAGUGAAGGCGCCGCGUUAAAUAGCGAAAACGAAACGGUUGCGUCGUCGGUUAGUGGCAAUAAAGUGCGUGUAAAACGAAAAACGGGUAAAAUGAAAUCGAUCGGUCAGCGUAAAUCGGUGCAACGCAGCUAUGAUAUCGCCAGUGUUGCGGGUAGUGAUGACUUGAUCGUAAAUCAAUUGUCAGCUGAUAAAAUGCGUGAAGCUACUGAACAUGACAGUAGCGCUGUCACCACAGAUACAGACACUAGCAGUUCCAGUUCAGAAUCUGUUGAUACAGACGAUACAGGCACUAUUGCAGAUCGUCGCCCAAAGAAACGUCAUUUCUCAAAAGUAUUCGUGGUGAAUCGACACGCCGGACCACGUCUACAACGAGCUGGCAAUUCUUCUACAGAGAAUGACUCACAAUCAUCAGAUGCAAAUCUUGAAGAUUCAUCCGAUAACGAUACCGAUGUAGAACGACCCGAUUGCGGUAUUGUGCUAAACUAUAUGAAACCAAUUGAUGUUGAAGGUGACAACAAAUCAGCCGGCAAUCGUCGCACAGCCGGCAUGACAGAAGGUGACAGUAGUAGUCAAACAAAUGUAUCACAUAGCAGUCCAACGAGUAGUGAUACUGACGAUGACGACGACGAUGUUGGCAGCAGUGGUCAACAUUACGAAAAUAUAAUUGACAAAUAUGUAGCAACAUCAGAGACUGAAAUUGCUAAUUGCAUCAUUGUUGUUGGCGGUAUGACUGAUAACGACAAUGGCGGUGUUGUGCUUAAUGCAAUGCGUGCACUUUCUAGUGAUGAUGAUGUUGCCGUCACAGCAGCAAUAACGCUGUCGACGGACACGUUGCCACGAGAAAAAAAGUAUUCACUUGGCAAGAAAGCCGAAGUAGACCUUCCAAACCCCCCUUCCAAUGCAGGUGCCCCACAAAAUGCUUUUACGGUAGAAAAAGCAAUUAGCAAUGCCGUUGCACACAGGCAAACAGAGCGAUUGAACGAAUUUUCUAAAAAUGCUUCAGUGAUUUCCGAAACUAAUGAAAGGAGGAACGAAAGCAGUUUAGCGUUACCCAUGCAAAUAGAUGCACAAGAAGCAUGUAAAGAAUUGAACAGCAUUGCCAAUGAUGUUAAUCGUUUGCUCUCAUUGACAAAACAAAAUUCAGAGCUCGAAAUCAAAUUACAAAAAUUGCGUAAGGAUGUGGCAGAAAUCAAUCAAGAUCACAUAUCACGCGGCAACACACCUGAAAUGAGCACACCCACCUCUUCAUCGUCAUCGUCAUCCCCAUCCAGUCAGUCAAGUGCAGCGGGUACACCUGAAUUAAAGCGCUGCACUUCAAAGACUUCGUUUAAUGCUAACAACAAUGCAUUAACAACGUCAGCACCAAUAACAAAAACAACAACGAACAAGGAGCACACAGUUCAGUAUAGUACGUAUGAAAAUAAACAAAAGCAGCAGUACGAAUGCGAUAUGGCUAAAAAUAGCACACAAUCAGGUAUGCAAAAAACAGAAAAUGACAACAACACACAAAAGCAACACACAGCAGCUCACAACCAAAUUGAAAAAACAACAACAACAUCAGUAGCAGCAUUAAAAAGUAAUGAAAAGGUGCAUAUUGUCUGCGAAAAUACUCAAAUACAAACAAAUGCUAGGGAGGAAAUGGCAAAAGUGGAAUUACCUGCAAAUGCAUGGUCCGCUGAGCAGUUUACAGAGCCAACAGCAGCAACAACAACAACAGAAAUAACUAUUUUACCACCACCAGAAACGACAGCAUUAAUGUAUGAGGCUCAAAAUAUGUUUGGUAGUAAAAAUUUAAAUGUGGAAGGUUCUGAGAAAAACAAAUUAACAAAUGUACACAUACAAAAUAAAAAUGAACAACAAAAACAAAAACAACAACAGCAACAACUUAAUUAUAAAUGUAAUUAUUUUGAAAGUAAUCAUGACGUUUCUCAUAACAUAAACGUUAAUAAUGAUGAAAACAAAAUAGAGAAUAUAAACGAAAUCGACAAUAAUUGUCUUGCUACAGCAAUGAGUUCUGGUGCUGCUGUUGUUGUUGGUAAUAAAAAUAAAGUGAUGAAUGCCUGCAAAGAUACACAGUUAGAAACGAUACAGUCAAGCCAGUUAACAACUACAGCUGACCAAAAUAUACAACAACAACAAGACGAAGAAGAAGAAGAAAAAGUAGAAACGAAAACUACAAAUCCAACUACAAUAAAUACACAACACUCCGAUUACUCUUAUAAUAAAAACUCAGUAGAGCAAACAGUUAAUGAUUUACCAACAACUAUAACAAAAAGCACAAAAGCAUUAACUCAAAAUGAGCAAAAACAUAAAACACCUGAGCAAACUCCAUUUGUUGUUGUUGCUGCUACUGGCGCUGUUACUACUGAUACUGCUGAUAUUAAUAAUAAAAAACGCGUAAAAAAUGAGUAUCAACAAACACAAGUAAAGCAAAACGAAAUACCAACAAUAACUGAUGAUAAUACAACAAUAGUGAGUAGUGCUGAGUUAAAAGAGAAUAACAAACAGAGAAAUGCAAGUAAAUUCGUUUGCGCAGCAGCGCCUAACAAUGAAUUGAAUGAAUUGGCCAAGAAAGCGCGAGUGGUAGUUGAAAACGAUUUGUUAAACGAAAAAGACGGUAGCGGCGGUGUCAGUGCUGAUAUUAGCACUAACAGUAAUAGCGUUGAAAUUGAGCAAAAACGAAAAAAUAUUGACGGUACGGUACAAAAUGUUAAUUACGAAAUUGCUCAAGUGUCUUCGUUAAAAGAAAUGCAAAGUAAUUUACACGAAAUAACAAGUGAAUAUAAAGCAAAUAAUGAAAUUAAAGAAUUUCACACUAACAACGUUAAAUUAAAAAAAAAUAAAAUCAGUGAAGAUAUUGUGAAUACGUGUAUAGAUCAGAAUAAUUUAAAACAAAUUGAAAUCAUUGAGAAUCUGAAACACGAUUUAACCAAUGAAAAAGUGAAUGCAUUGUACGCGCCCAUACCCUCCUGCUAUGAUAUCGGUGGGACAAGCCCAACAAAUACCGCAUUUGUUGAUAGUUCGUCGCUAUUAUCGUCGGGUACGAAACAAAUAAAAAAUAUAGGUUCACCCAAAUCACUCUCGGCAAAAUAUCGUAGUUUAGUUAUGAUUACAAAAGACAACAACAAUAUCGAAAGUGCAAUAACUUCAGAUACUAACACUAAUGUAAACACAGAUCUUAACCCCACAGUGACAAGUGUAAAACAACAAUCACAUGAUAUGAAUAGUGUGGCUUUAAUUGAUGCUUGUGGCGUUACCAGUGUUAAGCCUAGUGUUAGUGGCGUUCAAGUAAAGCACGAUCAUAAUGAUAUGUUAAAUGAAAGACAAAAUGAUCAUGAAGUUCAGCAUAACAAAAACAAAGACACUAAAACAAGCAAUUUGUACGCGUGUGAUGCUUUAACUGCUGCAAACAACAACAACGACAGAAACAAUGAAAGGAAUGAGUCAUAUUUAUCUGCAAAUCAUUUUAAUACAGUGAACGACGUCAAUGCUGCAGUGACGUCGGCAAAUAGCAUAUUUACCUCGUUAGAAUUGCUGUCGGAUAAUGAUGAUUCGAAAUAUUCGCCAACAACAUCAGCAAAAAAUACAACUGGAACCGUCUGUCUCGAAGACGGGUUGGCUGAUGAUGAUUCCUGGGUCGAGGAAAUAAGCCAAAAUGGAGAUGAAUUCAUAGAUGAAGAUAGUACAACACCUACAGCUUCCGAUUCGGAGGAUUUGAGUGUUGAUGGUGAAGAUUCCGUUGCUGCUGGUGGUAUGUACAUUGAUCGUGAGGAAGAGUUGCGUGGUUAUCACCGUUCUGCUAUUGAUUUUACUUUACAUACUAUUGUUGAAGAAAGUUGUGAAGAAAGUGAAGUGGCAUCACUACGUGAUAAUGAACAUGACAUUGAUGAGGAAAUGGAUGAAGCAGAACGUCGACGUCAACGUACAAUCAAUCACCAUAACCGCUUAUCUGCAUCAGAUUUGGAAAAGUAUUUCUUUUUCGGCUUAGCUGAUGGAAAAGUAAUGAGUUCAAUUGAUACACGGGGUGAUGAUACUGCAUCUGAAGUAAGCAGCGAAUGUUCGGAGAGUUUAGAUUCACUUGGCAUACCUGAAGAGCCAGAUCUUACCAAUGCUGCUGAUCUUGCCUCUUCUAGACUUGAGAAAUAUUUUUUGUCAGGAUUCAUGGGCUUUAAUACUUCGGCCGAAAAGAAUGAAUCAGAUGAAUCAGGUAGUGUUGGCAGCGAUAGUGAAGGACAUCCUAGUCCCAGCCAACGAAGAAAACGUUUAGUACGUGCGCGAGGUACACCAAGAUCUCAUAAUUCCUCAUUAGACAAUUUAUUAGCUGAUACGCAAUAUGCUGGUAAUGAAUCUUUAGAAACUAAUAAUGCGGAUGCUCUAGACUCAUCAGAGUCAGAAGGAUGCGAUGAGACUAUUAUACAUGCAGGCAGUGCAAGCGAAAAGGAUGGCACUUCAUCCGAUACAAUGAAACGGAAAAAGCAGUUACGCAAACGCCAUGACUCUUUGGAUGAGAAAAAGUUGCUUGAUAGUACUGAUGAUAUAAAUAAAUUACCGCCUGCUAGUGAGUGUCGCACUCCUACACCUGGCUCCAUAAGUAGUGCGCAAGCUAAAAAACAGCAGCAUCAUAGCAGAGAUAGUGGUUUUGUCGGUAGUAAUGAUGAUUUGCUGAAAGCACCUGAAUGUGAAACGAUCUCCGUACAGAUUCGCGCUAAAUCACCUACCGCACUCGCACAGAUACACGAAGAUAAGGAAAUUACAACACCUACAGAAAGUACAGGAUCUUCUUCUUCUGUCUCUCCACCACUAAUACCUGAAAUUGUUUUGAGUGCACCUACAAAUCCCAGUCCGAGUUCGCAUUCAGAACUACGUCUUACAAAAAAACCACCACUACCACCAGCCACUAAUAGCACGCUAGUACGUAAGGAUAGCUUUAAUAAUUGGAGCUCGGAUGAGGAAACAAAUCUUAUGAUGUCAAAAAUGCGUCAAUUCUUUAAGACACUCGUAGUAGCUACAGCAAAUGCACAACAAAAUCUAGGCUCCGCAAAUAGUUCUAAAACUGCCACACCUAAUCAAACAACACCUAUAUCUGUUCGACGUAUGAGAAAUCGACCAGCACAACUUGCAUAUUUCGAAAACGAGCUUACUCGUCUAAUGAAAACAGUACCCGGUAUAAAUGAUGAGCAGGUGCGAGAAAUCGUGGAAUAUUUGAGUAGCGAAGACGCAUGGUCCGAUUCCUGUGAUUCCUCAGAUUAUACAAGUUCCGAUUUGGAAGGUAGUCAAAGGAGAAAGAGCGAAUUAAAAGAACAGAUAUCUGCAAGUUGUCAACAAAUAAUAACUAAAUUCGAAGUGGACGAAGAAGGGGAUCGUGGUGAUGGCGGUCUACUUGAUGAAGCACACGCCUUAAAUGCAGACACAGCCUUUGUUUAUCAAAAACUAAUGGAAUCAUUUUCAAAAAUUGCCGUGGGAAAUGUAAAUACUUUAAGUCCUACAAUAGCAACUGCAAAUGGUGUACCCAAUUUCGAUGCACCAAGCGGUAGCAAUAAAAAUGUCGAAGAGGAUCAAAUAUCAACAAGCAGCACACGUAGUGCAGAACGUUCUCCUCAACUAUUUACCAAAGUAAUGCAACACAUUGGCACUCGGCUUGUAGCACUCAUGCAUGAAGUAAGUAGUGGAAAUGAUACUCAUGGCACCAAUUCACCAAUGCCACCACAACGCAAUCACCACAAACGUUUACAAGCCAAAAUAUCGGCAACAACUACUGAAGAUGAAGAAGAUAAUCAGAAUGACAAAAAUCAAGCAAAAGGAGCACGUGGUAAUACCCAUAUGCACCAACACAAUUUAUAUCAACCAAGUGGAUCUAAUAAAAGUGACGAUCCGAAUAAUUUAGCACGCAGCAAAUCGCAUGAUCUAUUACUCGACUCAGCAGCUUCUAUAUCGACAGCCUGUAGCAGUGGCAGCGGUAGCAAUGCAAUAAAUACACGUCCUCAUCAUCAUCAGUCCAGCAGCGGUGUCAGUGAUACCGCCGGUGAGGAGUGUGGUGUUGCAAGUGAUUAUGAACGUUUUUCAUGGCGCGGUAGUUUUGAAUCAGCAUUACUGGCUAAUGGUGAUUCCAGAACAAAACUUAGUCAACUCGAUCGUGACAACUUAUCCUCUGCGUCCGCUUUGGCCAUUGCAAAGCGUCGCUCGGCAGGUGAUCUGUUGUUCAACCAUCAUAAAAGUCUGAGUCGCGAGCAAUUAGAUCGUGUGCGUUCCUGUGGUAGCAUUGGUGGUGGUGAUGAACAUCAUAAUGAAUUGGAAGCUUCGCCAGCAAAACCAUGGGUUUCUUCCAAUGACACCAAAGAUGUGCGACGUUCCAGUGUUCCUGAUGCAAUAUAUGAAUUAGAUUCCUCUGAUGAUGAAGCUUUCGGUACACGUUCAACACUACCACGCAGUUUGACAAGUGCAACGCAAGUGGCGAGCACUAAUUCCUUACCACGUCUGCCAACUUCAAGCUUAGGUGCGGCCGCAGUUUCAGCAACAUCAACACCAGCAACAAAAUCUCAAAAUGCUUUGAAUUUCACAUCGACGAGCAGUGCAAAAAGCGCACGGUAUCGUUCACCAGGCUUGGCGAAUCGGUCAAGUUCAUCCAUCGGUUCUAAAAAGUCAAGUUCCAGUCUCAGUUUGCAGCAUUUCUUAUAUUCGAAACGCGAUACACGUAAACGUCUAAAUAUGUCUGCGGAAGAAGCCAAGGCUGCAGCUGAAGAGCUAAGCCGCUCGCCGGUGCUAGGCCAACGCAAUGACCCUGCCUCAAGUCCCAUACAAUCACGCGGUUCUGCUGGCAGUGACAACUGGCCAACACAAUCUGAUGAGGAUAUCGAUCGUUUGGUAGCCAUGCACCAAAAUCGCAGCAGCUUAAGUUCACUCGGUUUACGUUCAGAUUCUAUGGCAAGCGUUUAUUCCGGCGCGGGAGAGGGACGUUAUGGCACAGUCGCUGUGAAAGGUCAAGUCGAGUUUGGCAUGCAGUAUAAUUAUAAAUUGAGUGCUCUAGAGAUACAUGUAGUACGCUGUAAAGAUCUUGCUGCAGUUGAUGUUAAACGGAAUCGCAGUGAUCCUUAUGUUAAGGUUUAUUUAUUGCCUGAUAAGUCAAAGGCUGGUAAACGAAAGACCAAAGUGAAGAAACAUACAUUAAAUCCUAUAUUUGAUGAAGUUCUACGUUUCCACAUGCCUAUCGCAAGUCUGGAAUCGCGUACCUUGUGGUUGACAGUCUGGCACUCGGACAUGUUUGGUCGAAACGAUUUUUUGGGCGAAGUCAGUGUUAGUUUACAAGGCAAAGUUUUUGAUAAUCCACAAUCACAACUAUAUACAUUACAAGAAAGAAGUGAACCAUUUGAUGAAGUAGCUACUAAUCGUGGAGACAUUGUGGUUGGAUUGAAAUUCAUACCACCUGAGAACAUUAAACCGGGCUUUAUGCGUGGCUCAAGCAUUACUGGAAGUAGUUCAAAUCUGCGCAAAUUCGGUAGUAUUAAAUCAGUAGCUUCGAAAUCAGAUCGUUUAACCAAAGGCGGACAAUUGCAUGUAUUAGUCAAAGAAGCAAAGAAUUUAAGUCCAAUAAAAGCAAACGGAACCUGUGAUGCAUUUUGUAAAAGUUAUUUACUACCUGAUCGUACACGCAGUUCUAAACAAAAGACACCUGUUGUGAAACGCUCUCUGCAUCCCACAUGGAAUUACACAUUCGUCUAUGAAGAUGUUUCAUUAGAUGAUUUAUCAGAGCGUGCUCUAGAAUUAACCGUUUGGGAUCAUGAUCGUUUGGCAAGCAAUGAGUUCCUAGGAGGAGUACGAUUCUCUUUGGGCACAGGUAAAAGUUAUGGUCGUCAGUGUGAAUGGAUGGAUGCCAGUGGUAAAGAGUUAUCAUUAUGGCAGAAUAUGAUUGAUCGUCCCAAUUUCUGGGUUGAAGGCAGCUUAAUAUUAAGAUCGACUUUAGAUGGUAUACGCUCAAUACCAUAAACAAUUUUUAUUGACUUAUGAUAAAUGUUUAAUGUAUUUUUUACAAU